CACCGCGUCAUUUUUAUAAAAAUAGUUUUUCUAAUACAAAGCCACAUUCCACGGUACUACCAUGUUCAAAUACGUGAUUUUUAGUGUUCUGGCUUAUCUGGCUUACUCGGAAUGGACCCCCGAUCCCUUGUGCCCUUACCCAUCCGAGGUAGUCACCAAUUUCCCCUACUAUGGUGACUGUUCGUACUACUGGGCGUGCUUCGAAGGCUCCAAAUUCUUAGUGCAGUGUCCCAUUGGGCAAGAAUUUGACUCCAAAACCAGCGAAUGUGCUUCUCCAGAGGUGGCACAGUGCGACCCUUAUAUUUCGACGACCACGACGACCGAAAGUACGGGAAGUACUACCACUAGGACGACCACCACGGAAAGUAGUACCACCACAAGCUCAACUACGACUGAUAGUGGUACUACAACUGAAGGACCUUAUCCGCAGUGUCCCAAUUCCGAAGACAUUAUUUAUUUGCCUGAUAUAGCAGACUGUUCUAAGUACUGGGAGUGUUUCGAGGGGAGUUCCUACAUGUACCAUUGUCCUGACGGUUUGUGGUGGAACCAAGCAGUACUUCAGUGCGACUAUCCAGGGGAUUAUUGCAAUAUCUCGACAACGACUAAAGGAAGUACCGUCACACCAACACCUACAAUUCCAACGUCUACCACUUCUACAUCAGGACCUACCACUACUCCAAAUCCUGACGAUAUAACUUGUCCAAACCCUAACGACCAGUCAGUCUAUUUUCCGGUGGUUGGCGACUGUACCAAGUACUGGGAGUGUUUCGAAGGAAACAAGUAUUUAUUGACUUGUCCUGAAGGCCAAUGGUGGCACCAAGAAGCAACAAAGUGUGAACAACCAGGAGAUUACUGCCAAAACUUUGAACUAGCGCACUACACCAUGAAGAACGAAAUUUUUGUGGCGAUCUUCGCACUAUGCGUUGGUGUUUGUCAGGCACAAUGGACGCCGGACCCUUUUUGCCCGUACCCGUCCGACCACGUGACUCGGUACCCCUACUAUGGUAACUGCUCGGUCUACUGGGAGUGCUAUGAAGGGUCCAAGUACGUCAUGGAGUGCCCAGAAGGGCUCGAAUUUAACGCCCCUUUGCAACAGUGCGACACACCGUCGAUUGCCAAUUGUGAUCCUUUUGCUAGUACCACUGGGAAUCCGAAUCCACCGACGUACACCACUGAGUCGACGGUGUCCCAUCUUCCGGGACCCGACUGUCCGUACCCAUCGGAAGAACUGAUCUAUUUCCCGUACCCGGGAGAUUGUACCAUGUACUGGGAGUGCUUCGAAGGUAACCACUAUCUAUAUAACUGUCCUGAUGGUCUUUGGUGGCACCAAGAGAUCAGUCAGUGUGACUAUCCGGGAGAUUUUUGCACCAAUUCUACUGGCACCCCCACCGUGACACCACCUAUUUCAACCACCACCCAUAAUGGUCAACCCGACUGUACUGGUACUGGUGACGACCCCGUCUUCUACCCGUACUAUGGUGACUGCACUAAGUACUGGGAGUGCGCAGACGGCAAACUCUACAUUCAAGACUGUCCCGACGGGUUGUGGUGGCACCAAGAAGCCAAUCAGUGUGACUACCCCGGAGCUUUUUGUACCAAUUCGACUAUACCGACGGACUCUACCUGGUCGACACCCACAUGGACACCACCGCCAACCACAUUGCCACCUCCAACGUGUGAUGGUAGCAGCACCGACGAAAUUUUCUAUCCGUACCCUGGGGAUUGUACCAAGUACUGGAUGUGUACCCACGGAGAUUUGUACUUGUACGAGUGUCCCGAUGGGUUGUGGUGGGAUCCGAACACAUCGGAGUGUGAGUACCCGGGCGACUUUUGCUUCGAUGGUACUACACCGACAACAAAUCCUACUACUCCGUUGGUGGAGUGUGAAGAGGAAGGUAGUUCGUACUUGCCGGACCCCAAUAGCUGCCAUUUGUUUGUAUGGUGUCUAGAUGGGUCAUGGUACGAGGAAGAAUGUCCCACAGGGUUGUACUAUGACGAAGAUACCCAGAAAUGCGUACCUGCCGAGGAAUCUGAUUGUUGUCAAAAUAGUACCCAGUGUUAAUUUUGUUAACUGUAAUAGUGUAAAAGUACUAAUAAUAAAGAUCGUUGUGGCUUUUUUAUAA